AUGUCUCUUGCCAGGCUUGUCUCUGUUGUCUCUGCCCUCGCGGCCCUUGGUCUGGCGAACCCGACGUGGCAAGGAUGGUCACCGCAUGGAAACUAUCCACCACCACCACCACCGCCGCCGCCGCCGCCGUCUCCUCCUCCUGCUUCUUCGCCAGUAGUGACGACAAGCUCAUCAGCCGUACCACCGCCAGCAACCUCGUCCUGCGCUGGAUACUUUGAACCGUUGGCACCUCCUUUCCUCAAUGAUCUAGCGCAAGCAGCCGGCAAGCUGUGGUUUGGCAGUGCGACCGACCAGCCUGGAACCGGUGAGGACACCAACAUCCUCUAUCAAGAGAUCUUGAACGACACGCACAUCUUCGGCCAGAUCACCCCGGCCAACAUGAUGAAGUUCCAGCUGAGUGAACCGGAGCCAGGAAUCUUCAACUUCACGGGCGGAGACAUCAACGUAGCCCUUGCACAAGACCACGGAAAGUAUUUGAGAUGUCACAAUCUGGUCUGGGUCAGCCAAGUUUCCGAUUGGGUCUUGGACGGGAACUGGACUGCCGAUGGACUCACGGCGGUCAUGAAAAACCAUAUCCAGACCAUGAUCGCCCAUUUUGGAGGCGCCUGCUACUCGUGGGACGUCGUCAACGAGGCCAUUGCCGCCAACGGAUCGUUUGCUGAAAGCAUCUGGUUCGACGUGAUCGGUCCAGAGUACUUCUUCCUGGCGUAUCAAUUUGCCCAGGAGGCCGUGGACGCCCUGCCAGCCGGCACACGCAAGCCAAAGCUGUACUAUAACGAUUUUGGGAUCGAGUCUGGCAACAAGUCCGUGGCCGUGCUGGGCCUGAUCCAACAGUUGCGAAACCAGGGCCUUCGCAUCGACGGUGUCGGGCUCGAGAGCCAUUUCGUCGUCGGUGAGACGCCCUCGCUGGAGGACCAGAUCGCCACGAAACAGGCCUACAUCGCGGCGGGCGUCGAGGUGGCCAUCACCGAAUUGGACAUCCGUUUCGAGCAGGCCAAUCUCACCAACGCCACGGCCUUUGCUCUCCAAGCAGAAGAGUACUACAACUCGACGGCCAGCUGUGUGCAGGUGGAGGGUUGCGUCGGGAUCACGGUCUGGGACUUUGACGAUCAAUACAGUUGGAUCCCGUCGAGCUUUCCAGGGCAGGGCUUGGCCGACCUCUACAACGCUGACUUCAGGCGUAAACCGGCAUACUACGCUGUAGGCGAAGCGUUGCAAGGUGUUCCGUGCACGGUGUGUUCGGCUUGA